AACUUUUACACUCCCAACAAAACACGAAAGAAGAGGGAUUUAAAGAUAAAAACUUAGUUUUUAUGGAUCCAUUAUCGAAACCGAAUUUACCAUCGUCUAAUCAAAUGUCUCAACGUCUUCGAUCGCCCAAAGAUUUCGUCACGCGUGUUUUAAGUCCAAGAAUAGCCGUGUUGUCUUCUCCAGAUGCGGAUCAAGUGUGUCAGGCGAGCAAUUUCUCGGAUUUCCUCACAUUGAUAAAGCCUUUUGGUGAGCGCAUUGAAGGAAAAGUAUUCACUAAAGAUUCUCAAGGUGCUCCGAACCCUAUAGAAAAUUUCACAGUUCGAUUUGCUAAUUUAACAAGGCUGGAGCAACCUGACAUUCAACUUACUUCUCAAAUACUGGCGAAUAGAGUUAAAUUUAUCAAUAAUUCUCUCGCAAAGGAUGGAUUAACUUCAAUAAAAACAAAUUUUGACGUAACUGAGAGGUAUUUAGAAGUAAAUCAAGACGAAUUAACUCCAUGGUAUGCAGAAUAUAGGAGAUGGUUCUUCGGAUUUACUGGUGUUUCUGAACAUGAAACUUUUGAACAUCCUGUAGCUUGUAUUCUCGCCACAAGUUCGUCAAAUGCGAAUCCUAUAGACACUCUUCGUCAGAUGUAUAAUAUCACCGCCCCUGCCCCUAUAUUUGAAAAAGGGUUUAUGGACCCAAAUAUUUUGAAAUGUUACGUUCUUUUGCAUGACAAUCAUAAAGUUAGCAUGGAACACUCUGAGGCGAUCUACGACGAGAUUAAACGUACAUUUAAACAGGACUGCUACUUUUUAAAACUAAAUUCUAUUCCCCCUGCAUCACUUUCAGAAGAUCAUGAUCCUUUUUCUAUCCCUGCCUCUCCAUCAACGAUUCGCAGUGCUGAAAAAGAUAUCUGGUCAUCCUAUGUUUUGGAGUCUAAUGUUCUUGAUGCAUUGUUUGCAGCUACACCUCCGACUCUGUCCACUUCAUCAGAGUCUCAUUCACGCCAAAGUUCUUUAACAUCACUUUCCAGUUAUUCUCAUCCGCUUUCUCCUACCAUUUCAGCUCUAAAUUCACCAACAUCAUCAUUCACUGAAGACUCGACAUUUAAAAGAGAAAAUUCCGAUUCGCAAAGUGCACUUGAUCUGGGUCUAAUUGGCAAUUUGUCACCUCCUGAUGUCUUGUAUGGGCAAUAUCUCAAUGAAGAUGAUAUUUCUGGUAUUCAUACUUUUAUACGAGAUUUGAUAGAUAAAAGUAUUAUUCCAUACAUGGAAAAAAAUAUUUGGCAAUGGAAUGAACAGGUCGCAUCAUCAAGACGUGGGAUUACUGGUCGUCUUUUUAGUGCGGGUAGGCGUUAUUUUAAUACUGGUACAAAGACUACGGGAUCUGCUCAACAGUCCUCUCAAUAUUCUUAUACUGGAAAUUCUUCAAAUGCGGCGAGUACUAUAUAUCUGUACAAUACUCCAGAAGCACAAAUGCGUAAACUAGCUGAUUAUGCCUUUAUGUUAAGAGACUACCGUCUCGCACAUUCAGUUUAUGAUACCGUCAAAAAAGAUUUUUUAGCUGAUAAAGCAUGGAAAUAUUACGCUGGUGCACAAGAAAUGAUCGGAAUUUGUUUAUUGAUUGCUGGAAAUAAACCAGAUAUCGAUCAUUAUUUUGAACAGGCGGUUAAUGCUUAUCUUAAUCGUUCUAAGGUUCCGUUUUACGGAACUAGGACGACAUUAUUAUAUUAUGAGUUGUUAAAGUACAAAAAGUUGUACAAAGAUGCACCAAAUGCAUUGGUGCGGAUGACUGGGGAGGACUCCGACUUGAGAAGCGCAUUAUUCUUAGAGCAGGCCGCUCAUGCUUUUUUGAGAUGUUCUAAGCCUAUGGUCAGGAAAUAUGCUUUUCAUUUGAUGUUAGCCGGUCAUAGAUAUGGAAAAUGCAAACAUUCACAUAGAUGUUACCUUGAUGCCAUGCACGUUUUUGAGAAUCACUCAUGGACUUUGAUUGAGGAUCACAUUUAUUUUGCUCUUGGUCGACAAUCUGUCCAUUUAGGUGAUCUUUCAGCUGCUCUCGAGUUCUUUAUAAAAUUGUUAAGGGCGAGUCGUCAGCCGCCAACACAACAAAACGCUUAUUUGAGAGACUUUAUGCAUGUUUAUAAGCAAUAUGCAAGUAAAACUGGAAAAUAUCCUUAUUUUGAUCAAGAACUUCCAAUUCCAGUAAUCGAUGAUUCAUCUAUUAGAGUUAUUCUUUCUAAUUCGCAGUCUAGUGAAUAUGAUGACGUUUGGGACGUAAUGGAACGAGAAUUUUUGGAAGAAGGAUUUACAGGAUUAGAUAUUCAUGGAAAACCACGGAAAAGGCCAUACGCUUUAAAUGGCGAUAUUCACCGAAUCGUAUGUGCAGUUGGAGUCGCAUUUAAUAUAAAUGAUUUGAUUCUUGAAUGUGAAUAUAUUCCGCUUCCGGAUUCUAGUGAGAACUCUACAGAGCCAGAAAAGGAUCUAGAUAAUGAAAAUACUAUACCAUGCAAUGAAAUUAUUGACAAUAAAGAAUCUCAAUUGAUGAAAUUCGAAGAUUUUGACUUGGAAACACUUCGUGAAGUGUCACUUGAAGGGCUAGAAAAAAAAAUGAUUUCUCUAUGCGUAUUGCCGAAAAAACAAGGUUCAAUCAAAAUUUUGGGUCUUAGGUAUACUCUUAACUCAAUUGUUCACGGAGUAAAGAAAUUUACUAAACGUGGCAAGCGUCUCAAUGAUACUACGGAGCAACGAACGAGUAUUGUCUAUGCUCCUGAUCGAUCAUUAGAUCUUUUGGUUACAUCACCAAUGCCAUUACUUGAGGCAACAUUCCAUUCUUUCCCCGAUGUUCUGCUUUCUGGAGAAGUAAAACAAAUUCUUUUAGAAAUCAACAAUAAAGGACAGAAAGGACUUACGGAUUUACGUGUGAAAAUGAGCCAUCCGAGUUUUUUUUGCAUUGGUGAUGCAGAGAUGAUAGAUCAAAAAGUGUAUUACACUUCCACUAGAGAAUCGAAAUUGAACACUGAAAUUUGGACAACAAAAAAUUCUAUAUUUAAGUCUAGCAUAAAGACUAUACCGUUACCGUCGCAAGAGGUUAACAAUGUUGGUUCUCUGGCUCCUGGUAAAACAACCUUAAUUCCAAUUUGGAUUAGAGGAGAUCGUAUAGGAAAACAUGCGUUUAGGUUUUUGUUUACUUAUGAAUCAGAGAAUAACAAUUCAGCUAUGAGAUAUAGGUGUCUCCGUUAUCUUAAAACAAUACAAGUGUAUCCUUCUCUCAAGAUAAAUGCGUUCACUAGACCAAGUAUUCGAGAAUUAAAUGAAUUCAUUUUGGGGAUUGAGAUCGAAAACUUACAAACUACUAGUGAAUAUCAAUUUCAGCUAGCCCAACUUUCUUCGAUCAGUCCAUCUUGGACAAUAUCUCUUGCGAAUGAAGGCGUUGAGGACAUUAGCCAGAAAUUUUUAAUAGCUCCACGGCAGACUGUGUUUACUUAUUAUCGGAUUAGAAAAAACGAAAAAUACUCUAAACCAGUGUCUCUUAACAAUGUUGAUUCACCUAAUACAAUGGUUACGCCGGAGGUGUUCGCGUCCAAAGCUUUGGAACUAUUGUUAAGUGGACAAAAGGAUUUAAAGUCAGAGCCGUCUCCUAUUGAUCUUAUUGUAACGAAUGUUCCCUUUACAGAUAGUAUUAUAACGAAUUCUACAAACCCACUUGAGGG